AUGGAUAACGAAGAUGUUCCAAAAAAAAUUAAUGAAAGAAAUAAAAAGAAAGCGAUUUUUGCUAAUGAUGAUUUCACAGGGGAAGAUAGUUUAAUGGAGGAUCACCUAGAACUUAGAGAAAAACUUUCAGAUGAUAUUGACAUGAUUAAAACGUCUCUAAAAAAUAAUCUUGUGUGUAGUACUUUAAAUGAUAACGAAAUUUUAACUUUGUCUAAUUAUAUGCAAUUUUUUGUUUUUAAAAGUGGAAAUAUAGUUAUAAAACAAGGGGAAAAAGGUUCUUAUUUUUUUAUUAUAAAUAGUGGAAAGUUUGAUGUUUAUGUAAAUGAAAAAAAGGUAAAAACUAUGAGUAAAGGAAAUUCAUUUGGUGAAGCAGCUUUGAUUCAUAACACUCAAAGAAGUGCAACUAUAAUGGCAGUAACAGAUGGAACCUUAUGGGGAGUACAAAGGAGCACUUUUAGAGCAACUUUAAAACAAUUAUCAAAUAGAAAUUUUAAUGAAAAUAGAGCAUUUAUUGAUUCUGUUUCUGUUUUUGAUAUGCUAACAGAAGCUCAAAAAAACAUGAUUACAAAUGCUUGCGUUAUUCAAAAUUUUAAACCAGGUGAAACAAUUGUAAAACAGGGAGAUUAUGGAGAUGUUUUAUAUAUUUUAAAAGAAGGUAAAGCUACAGUUUAUAUUAAUGAUAAAGAAAUAAGAGUUCUUAAUAAAGGAUCUUAUUUUGGGGAGAGAGCAUUAUUGUACGAUGAGCCAAGAAGUGCAACUAUAAUUGCAAAAGAAUACACUGCUUGUGCAUCUAUUUGUAGAAAAUUAUUAAACAUAGUAUUAGGUAACUUGCAAGUAGUUUUAUUUCGUAAUAUAAUGACUGAAGCUUUACAACAAAGUGAAAUUUUUAAGCAGUUCAGUGGAGAGCAAUUGAAUGACAUAGCUGAUACGGCUAUUGUAAGAGAUUAUCCGGCAAAUUAUCAUAUUCUACAUAAAGAUAAAAUAAAAUCUGUUAAAUAUAUCAUAGUAUUGGAAGGAAAAGUAGAACUUUUUCUUGAUGAUGAAUCUAUUGGUAUAUUAACAAGGGGAAAGUCUUUUGGUGAUCAAUAUGUUUUAAAUCAGAAACAAAAAUUUAAGCAUACAAUUAAAUCAUUAGAAGUUUGUAAAAUAGCUUUAAUAACUGAAUCAUGUUUAGCAAACUGCUUAGGAAAUAAUAACAUAGAUGCUUCUAUCGAUUAUAACAAUAAAAAAAGUAUUAUAAAAAAAAUGUAUAUAUUUAGAUAUUUGACUGAAAACCAAUGUAAUUUAUUAAUUGAAGCUUUUAGAACAACCAGAUAUGAAGAAGGUGAUUAUAUAAUACAAGAAGGAGAAAUGGGUUCUAGAUUUUAUAUUAUAAAAACAGGAGAAGUAGAAAUAGUAAAAAAUAAUAAAAGAUUAAGAACAUUAGGAAAAAAUGAUUAUUUUGGAGAAAGAGCUUUGUUAUACGAUGAACCCAGAACUGCAUCUGUUAUAAGCAAAGUAAAUAAUGUUGAAUGUUGGUUUGUUGAUAAAAGUGUUUUUUUACAGAUUAUUCAAGGACCCAUGUUAGCACAUUUGGAAGAAAGAAUUAAAAUGCAAGAUACAAAAGUAGAGAUGGAAGAAUUAGAAACAGAAAGAAUUAUAGGUAGAGGAACUUUUGGUACUGUUAAAUUGGUUCUUCAUAAACCUACAAAAAUUAGAUAUGCCUUAAAAUGCGUUAGUAAAAGAAGUAUAAUUAACUUGAAUCAACAAACUAAUAUAAAGUUAGAAAGAGAAAUAACUGCAGAAAAUGAUCAUCCAUUUAUUAUCAGAUUAGUCAGAACAUUUAAAGAUUCUAGAUAUUUUUAUUUUCUUACAGAAUUAGUAACAGGAGGUGAAUUAUACGAUGCUAUAAGAAAAUUAGGUUUAUUAUCAAAACCACAAGCUCAAUUUUAUUUAGGUUCCAUUAUAUUAGCAAUAGAAUAUUUACAUGAAAGAAAUAUUGUUUAUAGAGAUUUAAAACCAGAAAAUAUUUUAUUAGAUAAACAAGGAUAUGUUAAAUUAAUUGAUUUUGGAUGUGCUAAAAAAAUACAAGGUAGAGCUUACACACUUGUAGGAACGCCUCACUAUAUGGCACCUGAGGUUAUAUUAGGAAAAGGUUAUGGUUGUACUGUUGAUAUUUGGGCACUUGGAAUCUGCUUGUAUGAAUUUAUAUGUGGUCCUUUACCUUUUGGAAAUGAUGAAGAAGAUCAAUUAGAAAUUUUUCGUGAUAUAUUAACAGGACAACUUAACUUCCCAGAAUAUGUUACAGAUACGGAUAGCAUAAAUUUAAUGAAAAGAUUAUUAUGUAGAUUACCUCAAGGAAGAAUUGGUUGUUCUAUUAAUGGAUUUAAAGAUAUAAAAGAACAUCCCUUUUUUUCAACUUUUGAUUGGGAUAAAUUAGCUGGACGUUUACUUGAUCCACCUUUAAUAUCAAAAGGAGAAACAUAUGCAGAAGAUAUAGAUAUAAAACAAAUUGAAGAAGAAGAUGCUACAAAUGAAGAAGAGCCAUUAAAUGAUGAUGAUAAUUGGGACAUAGAUUUCUAA